GCUGCAUGUGUAUUUGAGGAUGCUUGUAUUAGAAUUACAAUCAUUGUGAAGGAUGCAGUUUUUAUGCAGGAGUGGGUGUGCCUGGGACAAUAACAGACUCACCCGACCCGACAAUCAGCGCGACGCUCUCUGCCGGAAUGCACGCCAGGCCCGGAAACGCUGGCGGCUGCACAACCGACGCUGCGCUGUCAGCCGAGAACAUCGACAGCGCCGGCGAAUGCACAGCACGAUGGGCGCUGGCCGGCUCCGACAGAGUCGAGUCGGGAGACGCAGUGUUGAGAUGACGGUACCGCCGCGACGUAUGGAGCCAGGACGCUGCAUUGCGUGCCGCCCGCGGGUUUGCCAGAUAAUCAAUUGUGCGCAUACCGAACCACCACAGGCGAAUGUGGAAGCCCAGUAACAAAGCCAGGCCCAGCGCAGAGACCACGGCAAUAAUUAUGUAAGCAGCCAGCAGCGUCAGACACAGAACAACGACAAACUGCGACGGGCUGCCGGAGCCGCCCAGCACCCGCCACAGCGUAUCCUUGAACUCGGCUUGGCGGCCGACUGACACGCACACGACACGGAUAGCACACGCCAGCAGCAGCAGGAUGUGCGCUAGGGCCAGGGCUAUGAACGAGAAGAAUAAGCG